AUGACAUCUGUGAACUUGGCUGUAUACUUGACUUGUCUGUUCUUGGGGAGAAUAGGCUUGGGAACUAACUUGCCUGUACAUGUGCGUCAAGAGAGUGGUUUCCUAUUAGCUAAUGUUGGAGACAAUGUGACUUUGCAAUGUUUCUAUGCAAGUGAUGUUGCAGCAGUAUUUCUCUGGUAUAAGCAAACUCUGGGACAGAAACCAGUGCUCAUCUCCACCUUCUACAAACAUGAUAAAGUUGGAACUUUCAGUGAUGAUUUCACGAACAGUCAAAGGUUCUUCUUGGAAACCAAAGACGGCAAGAACCACUUGACAAUCACAGAUUUGCGCAUCUCAGAUUCAGCUACUUAUUACUGUGUAAGCUGCAGCUCAUACAAGUUUGAAUUUGGAGAGGGAACUAUAGUCAGUGUGAAGGGUUCAGGUUUCCAAGCUUCAGUGAGGCAGUCAGAAGAUGAGACCAUCCAGUCAGGAGACUCCAUAAGCUGUACAGUAAACACUGGUAUCUGUGAUGGACAGCACAGUGUUCACUGGUUCAAAAACGAAGAAGAACCUCAUCCAGGACUCAUUUAUACUGUCGGAGGCAUGAAUAAUCAGUGUGAGAGAACAUCCAAUACACAAACACACACCUGUGAAUACAACUUGCCAAUAAAUAGCCAGAAUCUGUCUCAUUCUGGGACCUACUAUUGUGCUGUUGCCUCAUGUGGACGCAUUCUGUUUGGAAACGGGACCAAACUGGAAUUAGCAGAUGAGGUGAACUCUUCUGACUUUCUUGUGCAUUUUUUAAGUGGAGCUUUGGCAUUCACCACCAUUCUGAAUGUUUUAAUGGUCUUCUUAGUUCACAAAAUGAAAGGGAGCAACAGCUGUCAAUGUACAGACACAAAAGCAAGAUCUUCCUCCACAGCUAAUACAGAGGAGUACCAAGAUGCAGACAACCUCCAUUAUGCAGCUUUAAGGAACCAAAGGUUUAAUGCAUCAAGAAGACAGAGGGAAGAUUCCUCCAGUCAGUGUGUCUACUCCAGUGUAAAGCACUAGAGGUGGACGUGCUUCAUCUUUAAUAAGUCUCUCGGUAAAUGGUGUCAACAUCUAUUAUGAGUUGUGAUAUGAAUUAUGACGAUCAGUACAAAGCACUGGGCUGUGGUUAAAUACCUCAGAAACCUUACUGAACUGAUGUGUUUUUAAAAAUGUUUUAGCAAUGGUGUCAUAUUUCUAUUACUGCUAUAGUUGUAGUAUCGGUCUCUCAGUACUGCCACCACAGAAGUAGGCCAGAUCUUAUUGUAUUUUUAAUGUCAGUACAAUAGGAUGCAGUUAAAUAUAAUGUUCUAUAUACUGGGCAGUAUCUGUUAUGUGUGUUGCUACAAACCUAACAAUCUCUUUAUGGCCUCCCGUGUGAUCUGAAGUCAAAAGAUUCGAUCUCUGUAUGCUCUUCUAAGGGUAAGCAUAUUUUCGAAGCUUUACUGUCUUUGCAUUUGUAUGUGCAUGCAUGAUUUUAAGAAGGAAGACAUCACAAUACGACUUUAUUUUCUGCCAUAAUACCUAUGUACAUAUAAUCCUUUGAACCUUUUUGUGUAUUACACUGAUGCUGUCAUGCAA